AUGGCGCGCGAAACUGCAAACAUGACAGGACGUGGCAAGGGAGGCAAAGGUCUGGGCAAAGGAGGAGCCAAGCGGCAUCGCAAAGUGCUGCGGGACAACAUCCAGGGCAUCACCAAGCCGGCCAUCCGCCGUCUGGCGCGCCGUGGAGGCGUGAAGCGCAUCUCCGGGCUGAUCUACGAGGAAACGCGCGGUGUGCUGAAGGUGUUCCUGGAGAACGUGAUCCGCGAUGCGGUCACCUACACCGAGCACGCCAAGCGCAAGACCGUCACGGCCAUGGAUGUGGUGUACGCCCUGAAACGCCAGGGCCGCACCCUGUACGGUUUCGGAGGCUAA